CAUCGGCAACAUCUACGCCCUGGGCGCGGAGCAGCCGCACGUCUACAUGCGGCGGCAGAGCCAGAUCCACGGGCAGGAUGUAUUGCAUCUUUCUCCAAAGCACCUAGCGCUAACCACUUCUGGAAACGGGAGAUGGGACUAGCUGGGCUAUGCUGUCAUUUGUUGGCUGUCAUCAUGGCUCUCACUUCUAUCAUCUGAUGGUUCUUUGGGAGCCUGUGCAGAGUAAGCUGGUGUCCAGUUUCAGAGGUAGAAAGGACUGAGUGCAGCUUGGUUGUUUUCACAACUGACACCACUUCUGUGUCUGCCAUUACCAAGUGACAUGUUGGAAGUCUUCAUGAUACGAGCUUACAGAUUCAGUCAUAGUGCCCUUAACCAGAUUAAGCUGUUGGAAUUUACCUUUACUCAGGCAGGGAGGAGGAGCUGAUGCAGUAGUAAAGCUUUCCUCCAUCCUGUGGAAAUACAGUGAAUUAGCAAAGUAGACAAUAUAUGCACUCUAUUUCUAGUUCAGACAUAAAAACUAUACCUUGUAUCUAAUAAUGUUAUAUACUUAUAUACUAAUACAUACUUAUCUAUGCUCAUGUUAGGACACAGUACAAUGACUAUAUGAAAGCAUCCCCAGUGUUUACUUUGGAGAGCUGGUCACUUUAGGUGCACAGCAAAGUACAGAAUGUAGUGUGGGCUGAUUUCCUUUAUCUUUUGACAGAGGAAAUUAGCUCACAACAAACUCUGUAAUACCACAGUUGCAUCACCUCUGGUUACCUGUAUGCCCUACUGAAGUUUAUUUGAGUCUGUGUUUUGCAUUCAUGUGUAAUGUUGCUUCACAUUUUCAUACUUGUUUUUAGUUGUUUUCAUUAUUUGUUCUUGAGAUUUGGUUGUAAUAGCAUUUUACAGGUUUUAUUAUUUUUUUCAAGAUCUUCAGUCUUGAUCUCGGAGGUAUAUCUGCUAUCGUACUGAAUGGCUAUGAUGCAGUAAAAGAAUGCCUUAUUCAUCAAAGUGAAAUUUUUGCAGAUAGACCAUCUCUUCCCUUGUUUAAGAAGCUGACAAACAUGGGAGGCUUACUGAACAGUAAAUAUGGCAGAGGAUGGACAGAACAUCGCAAAUUAGCUGUAAAUACCUUUCGAAUUUUUGGAUAUGGUCAAAGGUCCUUUGAACACAAAAUUUCAGAAGAGGCUAUGUUUUUUCUUGAUGCCAUUGGUACAUACAAAGGCAGACCAUUUGAUCUAAAGCACUUGAUAACAAAUGCUGUUUCAAACAUUACUAAUUUGAUUAUUUUUGGAGAACGUUUUACAUACGAAGAUACCGAAUUUCAGCACAUGAUUGAGAUUUUUAGUGAAAAUAUUGAAUUAGCUGCUAGUGCUUCUGUAUUUUUAUAUAAUGCUUUUCCUUGGAUUGGUAUCUUGCCAUUUGGGAAACACCAGCAGCUGUUUAAAAAUGCAGCUGAAGUCUAUGACUUUCUUCAUGACCUUAUUGAACGUGUCUCUGAAAAUAGGAAGCCUCAGUCACCUCGACAUUUUGUAGAUGCAUAUUUAGAUGAGAUGGAUUGCAAUGAAAAGGAUCCAGAAUCUACAUAUUCAAGAGAAAACUUAAUUUUCUCUGUUGGAGAACUCAUCAUAGCUGGGACCGAAACCACAACAAAUGUUUUAAGAUGGGCAGUGUUAUUUAUGGCUCUUUAUCCAAACAUUCAAGGGCAAGUUCAAAAAGAAAUUGAAUUAGUCAUCGGCCCAAGCAAAAUGCCUACCUUAGAAGAGAAAAGCAAAAUGCCAUACACUGAGGCUGUUCUACAUGAAGUUCUAAGAUUCUGUAAUAUAGUUCCACUAGGUAUUUUUCACGCAACUUCCAAAGAUACUGUUGUGCGUGGUUACUCUAUUCCUGAAGGCACUACAGUGAUUACAAACCUCUACUCCGUUCAUUUUGAUGAAAAAUACUGGAGCAAUCCAGAAGUGUUUUUUCCUGAGAGAUUUUUGGACAGCAGUGGGCAAUUUGUCAAGAAAGAUGCAUUUAUUCCUUUUUCACUAGGAAGAAGACAUUGCCUUGGAGAACAACUAGCUCGAAUGGAAAUGUUUUUGUUUUUCACUUCAUUACUACAACGAUUUCACCUGUGUUUUCCUCAUGGCGUGAUUCCAGAUCUCAAACCAAGAUUAGGCAUGACGUUACAACCACAGCCAUACCUCAUCUGUGCAGAAAGACGGUGAAAAGAAGGAUCUAGAUUGUCAGGUAGAGCACAGUGUUGCAAGUUGCAGCUGAGGAUCUACUUUGCCUUCUAUUUCUAAAUGUCUUCAUGUCAGAAGAAAAAAAAAAUAAAGGACUUGCAGAUAAACUCUGAUUAUUUCUG